GUUAAUGACAACCAGUUGUUGAGAUUAUAUUUUUAUAAUUUUACUUAGUCAACCAUUUGCUGAAUAUAUUUAUAUUAAUUGUGUAAUCUCUAUAAAUAGGUAAAAUGCCACCCCGACUUGAUAAAGGUAAGGGUGUAGCUGAUGAUAGUGGUAAGAAGAAGCACCAACGCCCACGAUUAGUAGUAUGUCAGUCACCUCAGUUGGCCACGUGUCCUCCCCCGCAGAGUCAGGUUAAUCGUAUGUCCAUGGCCAGUACUCAGGGUUUUCUGCCACUACUCUCCUCUCAGUAUCCAUAUGACAGUCCGUCUUUUAUUACCCCACCACCACCUGGUUACCCAUCCUUCCAGCAGACACAGAUGCCCCCAUCCUUCCAGCAGACACAGAUGCCCCCAUCCUUCCAGGAGACACAGAUGCCCCCAUCCUUCCAGCAGACACAUGUGCCCCCAUCCUUCCAGCAGACACAUGUGCCCCCAUCCUUCUGGCAGACCGGAGGAUCUAGUUUUCCACCUCCCACACAGACUGGUCCCUCAUCUUUCCAGCAGACUGGAGGAUCUAGUUUUCCACCUCCCACACAGACUGGUCCCUCAUCUUUCCAGCAGACUGGAGGAUCUAGUUUUCCACCUCCCACACAGACUGGUCCCACCCCACAUCCCCCACAUGUGCCCCCACAGGAUGAUGAUCAGGCGGAGGAUGAGACUGCGGAGGAUGAGACUGCGGAUGAUCAGUUGGAUGGGAGUGAUCUUCGAGGGGAUGAUGAUCCGAGUCAGAUUCAUAUCAUUGAUGGGAGAUUUUUUAUUAGGCCCGAAGGAAGCUCAUUCACGCCGAGUCGGACUGCUGCCAAAGUUAUAAGUUAUAUAAUUCAGCAGAAUUAUUAA